GUGCACAGUCCAGUAGUCCACUUUUCCGCUCUGACGCUCUGUUUCCCUUUCUUCCUUCAAUUUGGUCCACUCCCAUUCCUACUUCCACUUCUCUCGCUGCUCCAGUCAGCUCCGAGUCCAAGCCACUGCGCGCCCUCCAGUCAUACCAUCGCUGCCGAUUGCAUGGGGGAGGUAGCGGUGGAAGUCGCACCGGCGGCGACAGAGACCUUCGAGAGGCCGACCGUCCGGGUCUCAAACAUCCCUCUAACCGCCGUCGCCAAAGACCUCCAAACCUUCCUCGAGUCCCAACUCGGCCCGGACUCGGUCUUCGCCGUCGAAAUCCUCACGGAGCGGAAGAACUGGAAGUCCCGGGGAUUCGGCCGCGUCCAGUUCUCUUCCCUGCCGAUCAAACGCAAGGCCGAAUCCCUGUCCCGCGAGGGGAGCCUGGUUUUCAAAUCCCGAGCCCUAGAAAUCUCAGAGACCUACGACGACAUUGUGCCCAGGCCCUUCGAUGAGCGCAACAGAAUAGAGAAGGGAACGCUGUACGCUGGUUUUAUGAGGUCGGAGAGGGAUUUGUGCACGUUGCAGUGCUGGGAAGGCGUGAGAGGAUGGGUUUUGCCGGAGAAGCAGAGGGUCGAGUUCUGGGUUUCAGUUGAGGAAGAGUGUUAUAAGCUGGUUUGGCCCUUUGAGGACAUUUUGGAGACUUUUGGGUGUUGUUGGGGGGAUGGUUGCAAAGUCACUGCACUUCUCUUGAAGGUACAAUUUGGUCCAAGAAUAUAUAAAAAAGUUUCUGGUCCUGAUGUUGCUUCGAGAUUCAACCAGGAUAGAUAUAACAUCUGCAUGGAAGACUACAACUUUGUUUGGGUACGUACAACUGACUUCUCUUCUGUGAAGUCAAUUGGCUCUUCGAAUGCAUUCUGUUUGGAAGCUGAUGAGGAAUCAGUUUCUGAAAUCUUCAAGUGUCUUCCUUAUUACGGGGGGCCUCUAAAAGAUCUGACUUUGGAGGACUGGUUUGAAUACUGUUCUGCAUCUGAAACAGUUCCAUUGGUAAAAACAGAUGCAAACAUAGAUUAUGAGAUCAUUUUCCAGCUUAACUCUCUUGUUCAUACUCAAAAGAUAAGCCUGGCAGCUGUAGAUGCUAAUCUUGUGAACAUCCUCAGUGGUCAGACUAUAGAGACUGCUACAAAGAUUCUCGAAAAGUUGCACCAGCUGAAUUCAAUGUGCUACAAUCCAGUGGACUUUGUGAAGACACAGUUAAGUGCUCCAAGCAGAAACCUUCAAGGACCUAUGGCAGCAUCUACGCGAAGCAGCUCCUCCACAAGUUAUAAAAAGAUAAUGUGUUGUCACAGGGCUUUGAUUACACCUUUAAAGAUUUACUGCUUAGGACCUGAGCUUGAAUCAUCUAAUUAUGUGGUAAAACACUUUGCUAAGCAUGCUGCAGACUUCAUGAGAGUGACUUUUGUUGAGGAAGACUGGAGCAAGCUUCCCCCUCAGUCGAUUUCCACAAGCAUCCAGCAAGAUAUAUUUGCAGCUCCUGUUAGAACCAAACUAUAUGACAGGAUAUUAACUAUACUUAAGCACGGGUUUGUGAUCGGAAAAAAGAAGUAUGAAUUUCUCGCAUUCUCAGCAAGUCAACUGAGGUCGAAUGCUGUUUGGAUGUUUGCUUCUAAUGAAGAAUUGAAAGCAGAACAUAUUCGAGAAUGGAUGGGUUGCUUCAACAAGAUCCGUAGUGUGUCAAAAUGUGCUGCAAGGAUGGGUCAACUAUUCAGUGCUUCUUCACAAACUGUAGAGGUUCCUGCCCAAGAAGUCGAGAUUAUUCCAGAUAUCGAAAUUACAACGGAUGAAGAUGUUACCUAUUGUUUCUCGGAUGGCAUAGGCAAAAUCUCUCUUCCUUUUGCUAGACAAGUUGCUGAAAAGUGUGGACUGAGUGAAACUCCAUCAGCAUUUCAAAUUCGAUAUGGUGGGUAUAAAGGUGUGAUUGCUGUCGACCGUAGUUCUUCCAGGAAACUGUCAUUGAGGCCUAGCAUGCUGAAAUUUGAGUCGGACAACAGGAUGCUUAAUGUUACAAAGGGGAGUGACGCGAUGCCUUGCUAUUUGAAUCGAGAGAUCAUUUCUCUCUUGUCUACCUUGGGUGUGAAGGAUGAAGCAUUUGAAUCUUUGCAACUUGAACAGCUGCAACAAGUGGGGCAAAUGCUCAGCAGUCGAGAUGCAGCUUUAGAUGUGUUGGAAAAUCUUGCUUGGGCUAAUGCAAAGCAUGUGUUGGUCAAAAUGCUGCUUCAAGGUGGUUAUGAGCCUAACCAGGAACCUUAUUUAUCAAUGAUGCUCCAAUCUUAUCAUGAAAGUCUGCUGUCAGAGUUGAAAGGUAGGUGUAGGGUAUUUGUCCCCAAGGGACGUGUUCUCAUUGGAUGUUUGGAUGAGAGUGGCAUCUUGGAAUAUGGCCAAGUUUAUGUGCGUUUGAAAAGGACAAAAGCAGAGGAGCUACAAUGUGGGGAUCAGAGUUACUUCAGGAAGGUGGAUGAUAAGACAUCUGUGUUGACAGGGAAGGUGGUCGUCACUAAAAAUCCAUGUUUGCAUCCAGGUGAUAUCAGAGUGCUUGAGGCCGUGUAUUCUGAGGUCUUGGAAGAGAAGGGUUUGUUCGACUGCAUUCUAUUUCCCCAGAAGGGACCAAGGCCACAUCCAAAUGAAUGCUCGGGCGGUGACCUCGAUGGUGACCUGUUCUUCAUAAGUUGGGACAAAGACCUCAUCCCACCUCAAGUCGUGCCUCCCAUGGACUACCUCGGAGGAAGACCUCGAAUCAUGGAUCACAAAGUCAGUUUAGAGCAGGAAAUACACAAAUUCUUCGUCGAUUACAUGGUGAACGACACGCUGGGUGCCAUCUCCACCGCACAUCUAGUCCUCGCGGACCGCGAACCAGAAAAGGCCUGUAGCUCAAAGUGCUUGGAGUUGGCUCAACUCCACUCCAUGGCAGUCGACUUCGCCAAAACAGGAGCACCAGCCGCCAUGCCCAGGUACCUAAAACCCAGAGAGUACCCCGACUUCAUGGAGCGAACCGAGAAGCCAAUGUACAUCUCCACUGGAGUUCUCGGCAAGCUCUACCGAGCCACCCUCGAAUCUUCCGCGCGAGCUGGGGUCACCUUCGUCUGGUCAAAGGAGGUCGCCGAAGCAGCUUACGACCUGGACCUUGAAGUGGAAGGCUUCCGGGACUUCCUGCCGCUAGCCGAGGCCCACAAGGACAUGUACGUGGAGAAACUGAGCAUGCUGAUGAACUACUACGACGCGAAGCACGAGGACGAGAUCAUGACCGGGAAUCUGCGCAGAAAGGCGGCAUAUCUUCAGCGGGACAACCGGAGGUACGGCGAGACGAAGGAUCGGAUUCUCGUGGCGACGAAGAGCUUGCAGAUGGAAGCGAAAGAGUGGUUCGAGAAUGGAUGCAGCGUGAAGCAACGUCAGCAGCUGGCGUCUGCGUGGUACCACGUAACGUACCAUCCGGAUUAUUUCGAAGAAGGCACGACGACGACGUGCUUGAGCUUUCCAUGGAUCGUCGUCGACACUCUUCUUGGGAUCAAAUCCGCGAACCGUCGAGACAUGUUGGUCGAUCAGGAGACAACGACGACGGAUUAACUGCACCUAGUUUCGUCAUGUCUAAUCGAGCAUCAUCUUGCCGAGAAUGUGAGUGAGAAAUCCUGACGAUAUCAACGCGUGCUGUGCAGGUGACUUUUGCCAUCACGAAUGAAAUGGUUUCGACUGUCAUAGUCACAGGAGUCCUACUCUUGCUAAUGGAAUCAUGAGGAAGAUAAUGUUUGAUUAAGAUAACUUUUAUGUUACCAGCCGGUUGAUUGAAUAGGGAUAAUGAUAACAAUCUGCCGAGCUGUGCCCAACUUACCAAGUUGAAUUAGCCAAUGUAUUGAUCAAAGUGGAGGAGCUAAUUGGGUGGGUUAGGAGAUGGAUUAGUGCGUUAGGUACAACUUGAUUAUAGCAAUUGGAAGUGCAAUUAAAUUAAGUGGUUCAUAUUUUGGAUGUUA